GCACGAGCAAACUUUAUUGUAUAGUGGGGUAAUGUGGAAAGUUUGUUUUUGGGGGUGAAGGCUUGCGGACUUGUUAGUUGGAAUAACUGUAAAUAAGUUGGAUACCAAUGGCUGUACAGGGUUGUGAUUUAUUUAUGUGAUCGUUCAGGAUUUAAAUUCACUUUGUGGAGUAAUAUGCAGCGGUUCUGUUGGAUUAUUGUUGUGUUUUUGCUGCUUAAAUGUGUCUCAAUCGGAGGUUUCCCAUCAUGCCACCCUAACCCAUGUAAAAAUGGAGGAACAUGUAAAUCGGGAUCAAAUGGACAGAGCUAUUGUGUGUGUACAAAUGAGCACAUAGGGGAAUAUUGUCAGGACCAGAACCCAUGUCGAGCUAAUUUAUGUAUGAACGAUGGAAAUUGUCGAGUUAUCAAUUCAGAAUCGGGUCCACCAAGGGCAGAAUGUGAUUGCAAGAUAGGCUAUAAUGGUCAUAUGUGUGAGUUUGUUGACAGUAAUAGUGCUUGUUACAAAAAACGUUGUCAAAAUGGAGGAACCUGUAUAAACGGACCAACUCUUUCAGAUUAUACUUGUCAAUGUUUACCAGGAUUUAGAGGUGAUGACUGUGAGUAUGUGGAUCACUGUGCCUCUCAGCCAUGUCGUAAUGGAGGAACUUGUACAUCACAUACUAGUGGUUUUCAAUGUCAAUGUCCUGUAGGAUUUUUAGGAAGAACUUGUAUGACAGAUAUUAAUGAAUGCUCAGCUAAUCCAGAUAUAUGUCAAAAUGGUGGAACAUGCCGCAAUACACAAGGAUCCUAUGGAUGUGAUUGUUUACAACAAUAUACGGGUAAACAUUGUGAAGAUAUUUAUAUUCCCUGUAAACCCAGUCCAUGCAAAAAUAGCGGAACUUGUAAUAAAAAUGGAGAAUUAGAUUACCAAUGUACAUGUUUAUCAGGUUUUCGUGGUAAAAAUUGUGAAGAAAAUAUAGAUGAUUGUAUUAGUAAUCCGUGUGCUACUGGCUCCACCUGUAUCGAUGGCGUCAACAGCUACACAUGCAAAUGUCCACCUACUAUGCAAGGAUCAAGAUGUGACUUAGAUGUUGAUGAAUGCGAUACACAACCCAAUAUUUGCCGCAAUGGAGGAACUUGCAUGAACCUCAUUGCUGGGUUUAUGUGUAUCUGUGUUAACGGAUGGACAGGAUCGGACUGUAGCGAGAACAUUGAUGAUUGUAAAAAUAAUCCGUGUUAUAACGGAGGAACCUGUGAUGAUCGAGUCGGAUAUUUUUACUGUUCAUGUCCGAGAGGCAAAACAGGUCUACGAUGCCAUCUUGAAGAUGCAUGCGACAGUAACCCAUGUCAUGCCGGAGCUAGCUGUGAAACGUCUCCAAUUGACGGCAAUCCUAUCUGUACUUGUAAACGAGGCUGGCGUGGAAACGAUUGUUCACGAGACAUUAACGAAUGUCAAGAAAGUACGGAGGUUCCCUGUGAACAUGGUGGCACCUGUGUGAAUACACCAGGAAGUUAUAAUUGUGAUUGUGCUAUAGGAUUUACUGGUCCCUGGUGUGAAAUCAACAUCAAUGAAUGUGCAUCUGACCCUUGUUCAAAUGAUGGCACAUGUUUAGAUGAGAAGGGAGCCUAUAGAUGUAUAUGUAUGCCAGGUUAUACAGGAGUUAAUUGUGAAACAGAAUUUGAUGAGUGUAAUAGUUCUCCAUGUAUAAAUGGUGGUGUGUGUCAGGAUCUUGUUAACAAGUUUAAAUGUUCUUGUACUCCAGGAUUUGAAGGGAAAACAUGUGAAAUCAAUAUAGAUGAAUGUGCCAGUUCUCCGUGUAAAAAUGGUGCUACCUGCACAGAUCUCAUCAAUGUUUAUAGCUGCACAUGCAAAAAAGGUUUUAGUGGAGUUCAUUGUGAUGAAAACUAUGAUAAUUGUCGAGGUAUUAACUGUACUAAUGGUGCCUGUGUUGAUGGGUUAGAUUCCUACACCUGUCAGUGUACACCAGGUUAUACAGGUCUCCACUGUGAACAGGACAUCAACGAAUGUGACAGUAAUCCGUGUCAGUAUGGAGGAACAUGCACAGAUCUGGUAAAUAGUUAUGAGUGUCGAUGUCCUACUGGAACUUCAGGUCGUUAUUGUGAUAAUAACUAUAAUGAAUGUGGAAGUAAUCCAUGUCGUAAUGGAGCUACAUGUGUAGACGGAAUCAACCAGUACAAGUGUCAGUGUCGAGCAGGAUUUGAUGGAACUCACUGUGAAUUAGAUAUUGAUGAUUGUGUGUCCCAACCCUGCCACAACGGCGGAAAAUGUACAGAUCUUAUCAAUGGAUUUAAAUGUCAGUGUCCAGCUGGUUACUAUGAUGCUGAAUGUAGAUCAAACAUCAACGAAUGUGCCAGCAACCCAUGUACCAACAAUGGCAGAUGUAUUGAUGGUGUUAAUAAAUUUGAAUGCGAAUGUAAAAGUGGUUACGGAGGUCAUCGAUGUCAAGAGAAUAUCAAUGAUUGUAUUUCUAAUCCGUGCAUGCAUGGUGGAACUUGCCAUGAUUAUUUGGACAGAUAUUCUUGUGACUGUCGUGAUGGCUACACAGGAAAGAAUUGUGAAGUAAAUAUUAAUGAAUGUUCGAGUAAUCCAUGUUUACAUGGAGAAUGUGUAGAUUUGAUUGAUAAUUAUAGAUGUCAUUGUAAUCUACCGUAUACUGGCAAGAAUUGUGAACAGGAGUUAAAUCCAUGUCUGCCGUCACCCUGUAUGAAUGGAGCUCAGUGUGUACCUAGAAAUAAUUACAAGGAUUUCGCUUGUCGCUGUCCGUCUGGUUACACAGGUAAGCUUUGUAAUUUAGAUGUGGACGAAUGUGCCUCUAUGUCACCAUGUAGAAAUGGAGCACAAUGUCAGAAUACAAAUGGAUCAUUCGUGUGUAAAUGUCAACGAGGUUAUGAGGGAAAACAAUGUGAAGUUAAUCAUGAUGAUUGUGAUCCAAAUCCAUGUAUUAAUGGAGGUACAUGUGUAGAUGAAAUAGGAGGUUAUACAUGUAGAUGUGUGGAUGGAUUCGGAGGUAAUCAUUGUCAGAAUGAUAUAGAUGAGUGUGCCUCGAAUCCUUGUAGUCACGGUGGUACCUGUACUGAUUAUGUUUUCUCCUACACUUGUACAUGUCAAGCUGGCUUUAGUGGAGCACAUUGUCAAGUUAAUGACAACGACUGCACUCAGAGUUCUUGUUUGAAUGAGGGUCAAUGUAUUGAUGGUGUUAAUAAAUUUACAUGCGUCUGCGCAGCUGGAUACACAGGAAGUAAUUGUCAGACACACAUUAACCCAUGUGACAGUAACCCAUGUAUGAAUGCAGCUACAUGUUUUAAUCGUAAUGGCAACUACGUCUGUUUCUGUCCAUAUGGUUUCGAAGGUGUCCGUUGUGAGACUUUUGUCGAUUGGUGCAGCAAAAAUCCUUGUCAAAAUGGUGGUUCUUGUGAACAGUCAGCCAACAUAUUCAAAUGUAGAUGUCCCAGUGAUUGGACGGGAGAUAUUUGUGACAUCAGACGAGUUCCAUGUGCAAGGGCAGCUUAUUUGAAAAAUAUUGAAGAAUCUCAACUAUGUCAACAUAAUGGUGUAUGUAAAAAUACGGGAAGUACGCACACAUGUAUUUGUCAGGAAGGCUACGAGGGAAGUUACUGUGAACAAGAUAUUGACGAAUGUGCGUCUGCUCCAUGUAAAAAUGGAGCCACGUGUAAGGAUUUAAUCAAUCGUUACAGUUGUCAGUGUAAGAAAGGUUUCCAAGGACCUAAUUGUGAAUAUAAUAUCGACGACUGUGCCAAUCAGCCAUGUGCUAACAAUGGAAUUUGUCAUGAUCUUAUCGAUGAUUUCAAAUGUUCGUGUCCAUUUGGUACUCUUGGAUUUUUGUGUGAAAUCAAUGAAAACGAUUGUUUUGAGAAUGCCUGUUACCAUGGUGGCACCUGUGUUGACAAGAUUGGCCAUUUUGAAUGUAAAUGUCCUCCAGGUUUUGUGGGUCCUCGAUGUGCUGGAGAUGUAAAUGAAUGCAGUUCGAACCCCUGUAAUCCUCUCGGAACUCAGGACUGUGUACAACUUGAUAAUAAUUAUAGAUGUCAAUGUAAACCAGGCUGGAGUGGAAAUCAUUGUGAGAAUCGCAUCCAAUGCGAAGAAAGUCCGUGCAAACAUGGUGGUUCCUGUACCAACACGUUAAAUGGUCCCAAAUGUCAAUGUCUACAGGGUUUUUCGGGUGAUUAUUGUGAGUUUCGUUCAGCUGAUUGUGAAAGUUCACCGUGUAAAAAUGGUGGUACCUGCCGUCCACAACAACAGGGUUAUAUCUGUUUAUGUCCGGCUGGCGCUAGUGGAGUUACUUGUGAAAUAGAUUUUGCUGAUGAAUGUCAAUCAUCUCCAUGUAAAAAUGAUGGAACUUGUCAUGAUAAAAUAGGAUAUUAUGAAUGUUACUGUCCAAGAUAUUAUACUGGUAUACAUUGUGAACAGUAUGACCAGAAUGCUGUCAGUGGUAUCGGAAGACCGGUCACACAAAAACUACCAGGCACAGAUGUCGAUACACAACUCUGUCAACAGUAUAAUUGUCCUAGUAAAGCGAACAACGGAAUAUGUGAUAGUGAAUGUAACAUGCAUGCAUGUGAUUAUGACCAAUUGGAGUGUUCAUAUGGAACAAAGCCCUGGAAGAACUGUACUGCCAUAAAUAAUGGUGUCUUUUGUUGGAAGGUCUUCAAAGAUGGAAUUUGCAAUCCCCAGUGUAAUAAUCAAGAGUGUUUGUACGAUGGUUUUGACUGUCAACAAGAGAUGAAAGAAUGUAACCCCAUUUAUGACACAUACUGUAAGAAGUAUUACGCUAACGGCCAUUGUGAUAAGGGUUGCGAUACCAAAGAAUGUGAAUAUGAUGGUUUAGAUUGUGACACUUCACCUCAGAAACUUGCUAAAGGUACUUUGGUCAUCAUAGUAUUGGUGGAACCUGAAGUCUUCAAAAAUACAUCGAAGGAAUUUCUACGAAAAUUGGGCCAUUUGUUGCGAGCUGUGGUGCGAGUGAUGAAUGAUAAAAAUGGCUCCCCUAUGAUUUAUCCUUGGCAACAGACAACAGAAAAUGAUGGCCUGAGUAACAUUGUUAGAGUAAAAAGAUUUGCACAGUCUGUAAUUGGAUGGAAUUCGGAGACUAAUAGCCGCGAUAAGAGAGCUUUAUUAUCAGGGACUAAAGUCUUUUUAGAGAUUGAUAAUAGAGGUUGUUAUAAAUACCAAACAGAUGAAUGUUUUGACAAUACUGAUGCAGCCGCUCAGUUUGUGGCAGCUGCAUUACAACGUAAUGAUGCCGAUCUUGGCCUUCCGGUCGGCAAAAUAGAAAGUUUAGGUGCUGGAACGGACCCUGCAACUGGGACACCUAUGGCUUUUGUCUAUAUUGUUGUGGCCUGUGGUGCUAUACUUUUAAUAACAUUGGCUAUAAUUAUCGUCAUAUCACGAAAAAGGGAAAGAGCUAUCACAUGGUUUCCAGAGGGAUUUUUUACUAAACGUGGAUCUGACAAACCUGGUGUUAAAAACCGACGUGGUCCUGAUGGUGAAGAGAUGAAAGAUGUACAAAAAGGUUCCCAUCACUCUCAGUUAGACAAAAUGGAUGACAAUGACAAUAGAACCAAUGAAUGGGCUGAAGAAGAAGAUGAACAUCCUAAAGCCAAAAGACAAAGGAUGGAAGAACAAGAUUCAAGUGAUCAGUCAUUGGUUAAUUUUGAAAUUCCGGACUCAAGACAAUGGACGCAGAAACAUCUCGAGGCAGCUAAUGUCACAAAUCCCUCCAUUUUAACCUUGACCCCACCUCAAGGUGAUGACCCCAUUGAUACAAAGGACGUCAAUGCUAGAGGCCCAGGUGGAUUUACUCCAUUAAUGUUGGCAUCAUUCCGUGGUGGAACAGGACAGGACACAAGCUAUGAUGAUGAAAGUGGAUCUGCUGAGGGUAACGAAGGUGAAGACAGAUCAGCAGACGUCAUAACAAACUUACUUGUACAGGGAGCAUCCAUUAACUCACAGACUGACAGAACAGGAGAAACAUCUUUACAUCUAGCUGCUCGCUAUGCUAGAGCUGAUGCUGCUAAGGUUUUAUUAGACGCUGGUGCUGAUUGUAAUGCUAUAGACAGUACUGGACGAACACCACUGCAUACUGCUGUAGCUGCUGAUGCCCAGGGUGUUUUCCAAAUUUUACUGAGAAAUCGCUCUACCAAUCUAAAUGCUAGAAUGCAUGAUGGUACGACACCAUUAAUAUUAGCAGCUCGAUUAGCUAUUGAAGAUAUGGUUGAUGAUUUAAUUAACGCUGAUGCUGAUAUCAACGCUUUUGAUAAUAAUGGUAAGACAGCGUUACAUUGGGCAGCUGCUGUAAAUAAUGUAGAAGCUACCAUAUCUCUUCUACAACAUAAUGCUAACAGAGAUGCACAGGACAAUAAGGAUGAAACACCCUUAUUCCUGGCAGCAAGAGAGGGAAGUUUUGAAGCUGCUAAAGCUUUAUUGGAUCAUUAUGCAAACCGUGAAAUCACGGAUCAUCUAGAGUGCUUGCCACGUGAAGUGGCCGAAGAACGACGUCAUCAUGACAUUGUUCAAUUAUUGGAUACAUAUAAAGUGAAUAGUCCAGCGGGAAUGCAUCUUGCGAAUGGCGGAGUGCCUUCACCGAAUGAUCUGCCUUUUAUGUCACAUAUUCAUAUGAAGCAAAAACCCAAAUCGCGUAAAAACAAUAAAGGUGUUGCAAAGGAUCAUGGACCUAACUCUCCCAUCAAUGGGAAACCUAAUAAAUCCAAACCGCGCAAGAAAAAGACUGCUCAGACAGACAACAGUAAUGUAGCAGGAAUGAUCGAUCCUUCAUCUUUGGGAGUUAUUUCCCCUGUUACAUCUUUAGAAUCCCAGUCGCCACAGGGCUACGAUUUGACACCACCGCGGUACGAGAACACCAUGGUGGGAAUGCAGCAAGCUAAUUUACACGCACAACAAGUGAAUGAAAUGACUGCAAUGGCAGAACAUUAUAAAAAGGGACAAUAUAUUGAAAAUAAUGUGUUUCCGCAUUGGUUGGAUAAUCAACAUUAUAAUCAACAACAUCAACAGCAGUCGAUACCGCCCACUAGUACGACACCAACAUCUCAAUCGAGCGGCAGUCCGUUAAAUCACGGCAUACCAUCCCCCAUUAAACCUAAAAAUCUUCCGACAUCACCCACUCAUAUUCAGGCCAUGCAGCAACACGCUCAUCUCAAUCAAAAUCGUGUACAGCCGAACAACAUGAAUCUUUACCAGAUGAACGGUGACAGCAUUCCAAUCACCCCCACCAUAUACACACAUCAGAAGAUGUCCAAUCAUCAGCAACAACAAAUUCAUCCAUAUAGCCUGGACCAAUACCCAACCCCUCCCUCUCAUCAUAGUGACUCCACUCCCCAACAUCCCAUGUCCACUUUCCUUCCUGAUCAUUUCCCCACCCCCUCCCCCGACUCACCGGGGCAAUGGUCCAGCUCUUCGCCACAUUCAGCUCAUUCUGAUUGGUCAGAAGGAAUUUCGAGUCCGGUACAACCAGUGACAACACAUGGAAAACAUUGUAAAUGUAAGAGGUGUACGGACGCUGUUUAUAUCUAGACUAGAUCAACCAGUGGAUCGUUUUUUGUUAUAAAUAAAUAAAAAUAUAUAUUUUUACCUGGUGCAAAUGUGACACUAUAUUAUUAUAAAUAGAUAAUUCAAUAUAUUUUCAUCUAUGCCAAAAUUUGGACAAUAAGAUGAAGAGACGUGCUGCAUUUGAUUUGAUUGACAAUGUGAAAUAUACGUGGACACAGGUGUGUGUUUAACAGAGAAAUCCACAUCUUUUGUGGAAAAAUCAUUUAUAAAAAGGACAAAUACUUUACUAAAUGUUCAUAUUUUUUAAAUUAACUGCAAACAGUUUGCAGAUGGGUCCAUUUGUUUUCACAUAGUGUGCUUUAACAUGUAUUUUACCAAGGGUUAUGUUUUUAGCUCUAAGCUGCCAUAAAUUAAUCAUUGCUUAAUGUUUUCCACAAUCCAGAAUUUUACACAAACAAAUUAUUUUUAACAAAACAAAGAACCGAUAUUAUCAUUAAAUACUCAGAAUUAACAAGGGUCAAAUUGAAGAACAAAUUUUAUUAAAUGAUCAAGUUGACGUUCAGAUUUUUAAAUGAUCAAAAUUGAGGUACACUUUUCUGAAUCAUCAGAUUAGAAGUACAAAAUUGGAAGUUCUAAAUCAUCAAAUUGAAUUACUGGUAUGAAAUUCUGAUCAAAUUGUAAAUUUGAAGAUAAAAGUAUAAUAUUGAUUUUGUACUUAUAAGUUAAAAUCAAAUCAAAGCAAACAAUUAAAAUGGAACAUGUUUUAUAUUGUUACAAAUCUAUUUUGUUGAAUUUUUAUUGACAUCCAAUUUUUAAAGCUGGAUCAGUGGAAUUUGAAUUUUUAGAUGUUUUUUGUGUACACACCUGUAUAUUAAUAUAGUAUUUUAAACUCAUAAUGUACAUUGACAUUUGUAUUUUUAUACAAAAUAGAAAUAUCCAUAAGUGUGUUGAUCAUAACUUUUCAUCAAAUCAUGUGUUUGUUUUAGUUUAAUGUUCUUGUAAGGUCCAAUUUCUUGUUUCCUAUUAUAGCCGUAAUUCCAAGUAAAAUAAUGAAGAAUCGGAGCAUGAAACAAUACAUGUGCUAGCAGGUCUGUGGGGGUUUUAAAAGGGUUAUGGUAAAACAAGGAUUAUGAAUAUUUUUUUUAAACAGAAUGUCAUGUAUUUUUAAGCUUAUUUAGUGACAUUCAACUGUUUGUUGUAUCUCUAUGAAAUAUUCUGCAUCAAGAAAGGAAAGGAUACAGCUAAAAAAUAAAUGAUCAGAAAUGAAAAAAAGAACCCUUUUUAAGACUACAUGUAUAUGUUUUCAAGAAAAAGAAACGGUAUACGUUAUUAGUUUUUCAGAUUUGUUUCUUGGAAUAUAUUUUUAUUUCCUAAUGCAGACUGUUUUAUAGUUUGUUUAAAAAAUAUUUAUUUUCUCUUCUCAUACAUGUUAUGUUAUUUCGAUAAAGCUUAUUUAGUUUAGUUUACAAAUCGAACGCAACCCACCGAAAAUUAAUUUUAUAUUCUGUACUUUAAUAAUUAGACUGUAUAUAAAAUUAUAUUAAAAUCAUUAAAAAUCUAUGUAAAUGUCUCAUAAUUAUAUUUUAUUUUAAUAAUUUUUUUCGCUUUUAUAUUUAUUGCCUUGAUAUGUUUACCUAAAUUUCAGCAGCUAUUUUGAGCAAUAAUUAAAAGAAAUGUUUUAAGUAAGAUCUCGAAAUUAAAAUUUUAUUAACAACCAUUUGUAAUAAUCAAAAGCUUCUAUUAACUUCCAUUUUUCAAUGGAUAUUUAAUUAACUAUUCUUAUUAUUUUAAAAAUAAAUGGCGUGGUAUUAAUCUAAUGGUUAUAUUUUUUUGUAUCUUUUUCUUGAAGAAUUAAAAUCAAAGUCCAUUCCAAAAUUUCGAGCAAGAAAAAUAACAAAAGAAAAUUAUAUUUUAAAUGAUGUUUAUUGUGCAUGUAUCAUCAAUACUAAAAAUAUUUAAUAGUUAAAAAGAAAUUAAUUAAUAAAUUUGAUGAUUAGUGAGAGAAAACUUUAAGCUGUUUCAUGUUAUAUUAUUUUUCUAGUCUCUUAUUUUCGAGAUUUGUACUAAUUUAAUUUAGGUCAUUAGCUAACAAUAUUCUCCUUAAUUAUUAUAUAUUUAUGUAAAUAAUAUUUUGUCAAUCUCUUUAAAUUUGGAUUUAUGUUUGUACUGUAUAUGCAGCAAAAUAGUACGUUAAAUAUUUACAUUGAUAUGAAACUCCCAAAACAAAGAAUUUUCAAAUAAAUAUUACAUGUAUAACCUUUGUAUAAAAGUGUCAUAUCAAAAUUUGUUCAACAAAAAAUCAGGGUAUUUCUUUUUUUCUCCUCCUACAUUUUUUUAAUGUUUAAAUUUUUGUUCAAAAACUUUGUUUUGUAUUUGAAACAUUAUGCAUGUCACAAUUUGGAUUUUAAAUUCUGAUUUUGCAUAUCACAAUUUGAAUUUUGAUUUUGUAUGUACAAUGUAAAUUUUGAAUUCUGAUUUUGCAUGGACUAUGUGGAAUUUGAAGUUUGCAUGUCACAAUUUGAAUUUUUGAAUUCUGAAAUGUAAUCAAAGUCAGUAAAAGAGUGCUAGCGUCAGUCACAAUUUUUUUGGCUAUAUUACAAUUGUUUAUAUAUGUAAAAGAUUACAUUAUUCAUAUUAUUCUAAGUGUGUUAAAUUUUAUUAUGUUUUUGUACAUGACUUGUAUUUGUUGCUCUAGUUACCUAUAUAUAUACUUUAGUUUAUAGCAGUUAUUAAAUAAUGUCAUGGCAACCAGACUUUAUGAUGUCAUGGCAACAAGUGUUUAUUUCAUGUCAAUCACAAUGUACAUGUUUAAUCUGAAAGAGUUUUAAGAAUGGCAUCAAACCUCCCUUAUAUUCACAUGUUAUUAUAUAUAUAAUUCAACAUCAAAUAAAUAAUGUACAGACACUA